AUGGUUAAGGAGACAAAGUUCUACGACCUCCUCGAGGUCACGCCCACCGCUUCCGAGGCGGAGCUCAAAAAGUCCUACCGAAAGAAGGCAUUGAAGGAGCACCCAGACAAGGGUGGUGACCCCGAAAAAUUCAAGUCCAUCACUGCAGCAUACGAAAUUCUCUCCGAUCCCGAGAAGCGCGACCUCUAUGACCGAUUUGGCGAGCAGGGUCUUGAAGGCGGAGGAAUGAGCGGUGGCAUGGACCCCCAGGACCUCUUCUCCCAGCUCUUUGGUGGCGGUGGCGGUGGUUUCUUCGGCGGUGGAGGCGGACGUCCUCGCGGUCCUCGCAAGGGCAAGGACCUCGUCCACCGUGUCAAGGUCUCGCUGGAGGAGCUCUACGUCGGCAAGGUCACCAAGCUCGCUCUCCAGAAACACGUCAUCUGCAAAAAGUGCGACGGCCGCGGUGGCAAGGAAGGCGCCGUCAAGACGUGCGGUGGAUGCAACGGUCAGGGUAUCAAGGUCGUCCUCCGCCAGCUCGGUCCCAUGGUGCAGCAGAUGCAGCAGACCUGUCCCGAGUGCCAAGGCCAGGGUGAGAUCAUCAACGCCAAGGACCGCUGCAAGGAGUGCAACGGUAAGAAGAUCAACCAGGAGCGCAAGGUGCUCGAAGUGCGCAUCGACAAGGGUAUGGAGGAUGGCCAGCAGAUCACGUUUAAGGAAGAGGCCGACCAGGCUCCCAACACCAUCCCAGGCGAUGUGGUGAUUGUGAUCGACGAGAAGCCGCACCCGCGCUUCAAGCGCAGAAAGAACGACCUCUUCAUCGACGUCGAGGUCGAUCUCCUCACAGCGCUUGCCGGUGGCAAGAUCAUCAUUGAGCACCUCGACGACCACGCCCUCUCGGUCGAGAUCCCCGCCGGCGAGGUCAUCAAGCCCGGCGAUGUCAAGGUGCUCCGUGGUCAGGGUAUGCCCAGCUACCGACACCACGAGCUCGGUGAUCUCUACGUCAACCUUCGCGUCGCUUUCCCCGAAACCAUCGAUGUCGAGAACAUCCCCUUGCUCGAGAAGGCUCUCCCACCACGCAAAGCCCUUCCCAAGACCAAGAAGGAGGUCGAUGUCGAAGAUGUCCAGAUGGACGACCUCGAUGAGCGAGAGGCUCGCAACGCCAGGCCCAACGGCGCCGGUGCCCACCCUGGCAUGGACGACGACGAUGAGGAUGGUCAGGGCGCAAGCAAUAUCCAGUGUGCUCAGAGCUGA